AUGACUACAUUCAACGCACCGCCCUCAUUGGAAGCCCCCGAACUGCAAGUAGUCGCUCAGCGAGAAGACAUACUUCGAGAAUUCUUUGGUAGUGUUGGGCAAGGAGUAUAUAUUGAGCCUCCCCUAUUCGUGGACUACGGUUGCAAUAUCAGUAUAGGCACCGGAUUCUACGCCAACUUUCAAACCAAAUCUAACCAGAAUCUUCUCAAGUCUCGCUGUCUUGGACUGUGGCCUAGUUUCCAUUGGGACGAUGUUAUGAUUGGGCCUAAUGUCAACAUUAUCACAGGAGAACAUGAGACGGGGAUCGAAGCGCGAAAGGCACAUAGAGGACUGGAAUUUACGGGACCCGUUGUCAUUAGCGAUGAUUGCUGGAUUGGAGCUAAUGUGACGAUCCUGGCUGGAGUCACUAUUGGUCAUGGAUCUUCCAUCGGUGCUGGCUCCGUAGUAAAGCAGGAUAUACCAGCCUUGAGUGUUGCAGUUGGUAGUCCCGCUCGAGUUAUCAGAUCGGAAUAA